AAAUGGUGGCCACCGAAAAAGAGAACAUAAUUUUUUCAGCAUUUUACUGGAUUAUUUCAUUGACAAAUUAGGAUUGCCGAACAUAUUCAAAAUGAGCAGACAGAGUCAGAAAGAUCGAGAUGCCCAAGUCGGGCAGAGUAACUUCAAAAUGAGGUUAAAAGAAAUCAGUGCCCAAGAACGGCUGAUUGAGCAAAAGAAACGAGAGAUUGAACAAAAGAUGAUCCAGGACAAGUUGAAGCAGCAAGAGGAAGCAAUGAAGAAGAUGUCCUCCAAGCAGAAGGAAGCAGAAGCCAGGAAGGUGUUUGAUGGGAAUAGAAUGUUUGGUAAGCGGCCAGGCUUCAUGGGUGGGAGGCGGGAUUUCAAGAUGGCAAAAGUAGAACCACCGACCCCGCCUGUUUCCAAACCACUGCCUGGAGCAAAUGUUUUCCAUAAUGAUGGGAGUUUCAUGGAACAGUUCAUGAAGAUGCAAGGUGUUAAAAUCAAGAAGAAGCCAGAAGAACAAAAGGCUGCUGAGCAGAAAAUGUUACAAGAUGCGUUAAAGAAGGCUGAGGAGUUGUCAAAGCUUGCUAUGUCAAAUGCACCAGCCUCGACGACUGCUGCUGAACCAGUGUCUGUGCCCGCGAGUUCUGGUGAUCCUGGGCCUAUGAAUCAACCACAAACUACAAUAUCACAAGCUCAGAUAUUUUCUGUUAGUGUCAGCUCCGUGCAUCCAACUGUUGCUGCCCUUGCUUCGAAUCCCCAAAUCAAGCCUCAAUUUGCCCCCGCUGUGAGUCCUCAGAUUCUGCCUCAACCACAGCUGCAGCCAACCUUUCAGCAGCAGGGAAUUGUUGCUAUGCCCAGCCAGCCUCAGCCCAUGACACAGCCUGCUGUUCAGAAUCCGGUUCAGCUCGUCUCCCAUGCAUUUACCACUGGAGCUAACACACAAAUCACUGUAUCUUACGCAGAUAAUGCACUCAGCACGCAUUCACAGAUCAUUGUGUCACAACCUGGUCCGGUUACUUUCACAACAACCCAGCAUAUUCCUACUGCAGUUCAGCAACAAACUGUUCAUCAAGCACCUGCCCCAAUACAGAAUCUGCCACCUUGGUUGAGGGACCGACAACAGCCUGCUGUUCCUGCCCCACCACUCCCUAGUGGACCACCUCAGAUGAAUAUCCCAGUGUCCAUGCCUCAUCCAUUGCCACAACCACAACCAGUGCCGCUGUCUAUGUCAGAACAAGCACCAACAUCACAUUACCCUGGACCCCUUGUAUCGGAACCAGUCCCAUCCUCUCACUAUCCUGGUCCCCCAGCACCACCUCCUAUUAACUCCCAUGUGCCCUAUCCUGGGGCACCUCAUCCCGGCAAUAUUCAACAGCAACCGCCCCAUCAUAACAUGAACCAGCCGCCUCCCUUUCCCAUGCCUCCGCAAAACAUGCCACAGCAUCCUGGUCCUCCCCCUCCAAACCUGUCAAUGGCAAACCGGCCCCCGCCCCCACCACAGCUACUUAAUGCUCCCCCACCAGGCUUCCAUCCUCCCCAGGAGAGAGCACCACCACCACCAUGGUCACAGCCCCACCCUGGGCAUACCAUGGCUCCUCCUCACAUCAGUCAAGUGGGUGCACCACGGCCACCACCUCCUCCAUGUCCUCCUCCACGUCCUCCAUCUCCUGGGCACGCACAAGACAGUUAUGGAAACUCCCUGGAGGCUGAUAGUUAUGAUCCUAUGAAUCCAACUGAGGAGGAUUCGGGUCAUUUUGGUGAAUCAGUUGAUGAUUCAGGUGAAUAUGGUCCUCCAAGACACGAGUUUGGACCGCCGAGGACUGAGAGUAAAGACUUUAGAAGACAUCACGAAUUCAGACCAAGUCCAGGACAAGAGAAUUUUGGUGCACCGAGAUCGUUUAGUCCACAAAUAAAGCGUGAACCUCCAGAUAUGGGUCCUCCAAGACCAGGGUCUGGUGGUUUCCCACAAGGCGAGUUCGGAAGACCUAUGAAAAGAGAGCCUAGGGACUUUGGUCAUGUUGGUGAGUUCAAUCCAAGUCGUCAUGAUGACGAAAAUCGUCGCGGAAAUCCUGAACAAGGUCAUCCUGGGGAAUAUGGACCACCCAGGGGUUUUAAGAAUGAGGACAAUAAUUUUGGGCCCCGGGGAUUGCAGCCACCAGGUGUGGAGGAACAUGAUCAUGGACUCGCCGAUGAGGACUUCCGGUCACAGAGGAGAGAUGAACGUCAGUUUGGAGAUAACGAGUAUGGACCACCCCGUCACAUGAGAGGUGGUGAGUUCAGACCUCCAGGGAGGGACGGGGAUGACUUCAGAUCACAAAGGGACCGAAAUAAUUUCAGACCGGAUCCCCGUGAUCGAGAUGAUUUCAGGCCACCUUUAAGAGACCAGCAGGGCUUUAGGCCCAAUGAAGGAGACCGGGAGAGACCUCUUCACCAAGAGGAAAAAUUCCGGCCGCCCCAACAAAACAGGGAUGAUAUGCGACCACCAAUGGGGCAGGAUGAGUUUAGGAAUAGGAGAAAUUCUGACGAGUUUCAGCCUCCUCAUAGUCGACCGCCUAUGAGAGACAAUGAUUUUGAUAGAAGAGGUCCACGGAGAGAGGAGGGCCCUCCUAAGGAUGAAGAGUUGAGGUCUGUUCGUCGUGCUGAACAAUUCAUGGAAAAGUUUGGAGUAAGGCCACCAGCACCUUCAUUUAUGCAUAGACGGCCUGAUGAAGAUUACCACCGUGGGCCAGGUGAUCGAGGGUUUGGUCAGCCACCACCACCCCCACCUCCACCACCAGAGGAGGGCCAUUAUGAUCCGACAGAGCCGACAGAUACUCCGCCUAAACAAGAGCCACCGUUUCCUAUGAACCGGGGCCAAAGACCUCCUGCACCUGAGUUCUCAUUCGGCAAAAAGGGAAUUCCUCCCCCAGCGCCACCCAGGAUGCCAAACAUGUUUGAAGGCUCAAGACCAGGACGAGUCUCUUCACCAGCGGACAAUGAAUUGAAAGGUGUGAUCGACCGCCUGGCAAGCUGCGUGGCAUGUGGUGGCCCAGAGAUGGAGAUGAUUACCAUGGAAAAUAACAGAUCCAAUUCCAAAUUUUGGUUCUUGUAUGAUGAAGAUAGUGAUGCCAAUAAGUAUUACAAACAGAAGUUAAACGAUGUCCGACAAGGAGGCCCUCCUGAUCGAGGUGAAGAGGGCGACACUGAAGACUCGCGUGGGGGUCCUGACGAGAGGAGGCGCAAGAAGAAACGUAGUCGUUGGGGGCCUCAAGAUGACAAGGAGGAAGGCACGCCUGGAGUAGUCAAUAUACCUGCUCUAGUGCCUGGACCACCACCUGUGCCACCCCCAAUGGACAUGUCCACCUUCGCCAGGCAAAUGACGGGAGGCGACACGCUAAGUGAUGAACAAAUAAAGCAGCUCCAGCAACAGAAAGAGUUGCAACAAAUGCACGCAAUGAUCAUGCAGAAGAAACAGCGAAUGGAAGCGCAGGCACGAGCUCUGGAAGCAGGACUGCAGAUCAAGCCCAAGUAUGAAUACGACUCGGAUGAAGAAACCGAGGGGGGCACAUGGGAACAUAAGCUUCGGAUGAAUGAAAUGGAGGCCACGAGAGAUUACGCUCAAUGGCUGACUGAGAUGAAUCAGGGGAAACAUCAUAUAGGAGAUUUCAUGCCACCCGACGAGUUGGAAAGAUUCAUGGAGACAUACACUGCCCUUAAGGAAGGUCGUCAGCCAGACAUGUCGGACUACAAGGACUUCAAGAUCACGUGUGAUAACAUAGGUUUCCAAAUGUUGGCAAAGAUGGGAUGGAAAGAGGGAGAAGGCCUGGGAAAUGAGGCACAAGGAAUCACCACCCCUGUCAACAAGGGGAACGUGUCAGUUGAAGGCCGAGGUCUUGGUGUGGACCGGCCUGCAGCUCCUGAAGUAGACGAUGACGAGUUUGAUGCCUAUAGGAAAAGAAUGAUGCUAGCUUACAGAUUCAGACCAAAUCCAUUGAACAACCCUCGGCGUCCGUAUUACUGAAGACAGGAGAUCAAGUCAAUGCUUGUACAAGGUGUAAAUUCUUUCGUAUGAUGACACUCUGUGCUAACUUAUUCUACUUAAACAUGUUUUAUGGCCAUGCUGACAAGGAACAUUUCAUGUUCUGACAAGGAAAAUUUCAUGUUCUGACAAGGAAAAUUUCAUGUUCUGACAAGGAAAAUUUCAUGUUCUGACAAGGAAAAUUUCAUGUUCUGACAAGGAAAAUUUCAUGUUCUGACAAGGAAAAUUUCAUGUUCUGACAAGGAAAAUUUCAUGUUCUGACAAGGAAAAUUUCAUGUUCUGACAAGGAAAAUUUCAUGUUCAGACCUCAGUGAUCGGGAUACUUCCCAAUUAAUAGACAGCGCAUGUCAGUCUAGAGAUUGUCCUUAACAGAAAGGUUCUGUGAUACAGUACAAUGGUAUUAAUCCUAUCUCAAGUCAAAAUGUACUAGCAUCAGUUAUUCCAGUUCAGCUGUAGAAGAUAGGCAUGUUUUUCCCAUGGUAAAAAAGUCCAUUGGGUUGCAACAUGUUCAGAUGAUGUGAUGUAAAAAUUGAUUGUCAUUCAAACUUUUAGUUGGUGUGGAAUUCUAGUUUUUAUCUGUACAUGCUCGAGUAAUUUUAUUGUCGUCUAAGAGUUUUAAAACCUUUGAAAUAUUCAGUCCGAAUCACCGUCAUCUGUUGUGGUUCCAGUACCCUUACCCACCCAGGUUGCUGGGCCCACAAAGAGGAAAAUGCCUUGGGAGCAGUUCCAAAGAAAGAUUUUUGUUUUGAUUAAUAUUGGUUUCAGCAUUAUUUUGAACUGCGUCAAGGUUCCAUAUGUUCGAAGUCAAAUUGAGAUUUUGCCUUCUCUCAUUAUUUCACAAACCAAUGGUUUCCGUCUUUAUCUCUGUAAAUAUGUAAAAUAUUUAACUGAGUAUUGUAUCAGAUGGAGCAUCCUCAGUGUUGUCAGGAAAGCCUAAUGUGUGAUGUCACCAGGAGGAGUUGUUAUGGCUGGGCAGCAUCAUGUUAUGGUGUUCAUCAGGCCGACUCUCACAGGACCUAGCUGUACUGUGAAGUCACUUUGUAAACAAGCAGAUGUACAUGUACUGUCCUAAUUGUGUUGUAAUUUUAUUACAUUUUGGUUAAUGAAUUAGUCUGAACAACAUCUGAGGUACAUGUAGAUACAAAUAAAUGUGAUGGAAUGAGUAGA